AUGGCUGCUGAAAAAUUCGUCGGAAAAUGGACAUUCGUUUCGUCGGAGAAUUUCGAUGAAUAUAUGAAGCAGUGUGGUGUUGGAUUGAUAACUCGUAAAAUGGCCGUCACAUUGAAGCCAACGCUGACAAUUUCUGUUGAAAACGGCAAAUGGAAAAUCGUUUCUGAAUCGACGUUCAAGACGAUUGUUGUGGAGUUUGAACUCGGCAAAGAAUUCGAAGAAACCACUGGUGAUGGAAGAAAGCUUAUGAGCGUAUUCACGAUGGAAGGUGACAAAUUGAUUCAAGAACAGAAGAAGAUCAAGCCGGACGAUAAAGAUUCACACUUUGAGCGAUUUAUCGACGACAAUGGCCAUCUCGUUAUCGUAAGUUGUUUGUUUGUUUUUUAG